GCAGCACAGAUAGAGACCUUUGCAUACUGCUGCAUCACCAGUAUAGGCUAUCUUUGCAUAUCCUCCCUCUCUCUGUGUUGUCACAGGAGGAAGGAAGGAGUGUGAACUCAAGGCAGCAGAUCUACAUUACAACAAGCGCUGCUGCUGUCUCCAUGUGGAUUACUGCCAGAAAGAGAGUUGUCAAUGAGCUGCAGUCGUUUCAUAGAAAAACUUGAAAUUCAUAUCAUGAGGGUAUAGGCCUACAUGCUGUUUGAAUUACAGCCAGCAGGGCGGAAUCGGUUCCUCUUUGCUUUUGGUAUUAUUGCUGUUUCUGUUCGGUACAUGGCGACACUUCUGAUUCAACUGAUUGCCAAUGAGCGCAAGUUUCAGCUUGUGUGAAGUUAUCAUCACCAGAAGCAGCAGCAGAAGAAGAAGAAAAGUGCCUUUUAAGGAACUGACACACCAGAGAUCGCUGGAUUAUUGUUGCGUGGAGGAGAGCGUGUUUUUAUUUAUUUUUCCUGUUUGAUACUUUAUAUUUUUCACCAGAGGAAGUCAUGACUUCGGUGUGGAAGAGACUGCAGCGAGUCGGUAAAAAGGCUUCAAAGUUUCAGUUUGUCGCCUCUUACCAGGAACUCGUACUGGAGUGUACGAAGAAAUGGCAACCAGACAAGCUAAGGGUGGUGUGGACCAGGAGGAACAGACGCAUGUGCUCCAAGCUCCACAGUUGGCAGCCUGGAAUCAAGAACCCCUACAGAGGCAUGGUGGUGUGGCCCGUCCCAGAGAACGUCGACAUCUCUGUUACUCUCUUCAAGGAGGUCAAUGCUGAUGAGUUCGAGGACAAAGAGUGGACCUUUGUCAUUGAGGGUGAGAGCAAGGGGCAUCGUAAGGUUCUGGCCUCAGCAGACAUCAACCUGAAGCGGUUUGCCAGUCCGACGCCGACCCAGACCGACCUGACGCUGAAGCUGAAGCCGCUGUCGGUCAAAGUGGUGGACGCCACGCUCAAGCUGUCGCUGUCAUGUGUCUUUGUUCGAGAGGGGAAAGCUACUGAUGAAGACAUGCAGAGUCUGGCCAGCCUGAUGAGUGUGAAACCUGCAGAUAUCGGCAACAUGGACGACUUCAACGAGAGCGAUGAAGACGAGGACAAGAAGUCUAUCACUGCUACAGUCGUCCCACACACUCUCAUUCGCCCAAAUCGUCCUGCUCCUCCUCCACCUGGCAAACGAGACUCUGUUGGACUCUCUCUUCCAGCCUCAGCCUGUGGACGUGAUGGCGGCCCUUCCUCUGCGGUCCUCUGCCGCCCUCCUCUCCCUAUCGCUCCUCGCCCUUCGCCCCGCCGCAGCCGUCACUCCCUGACCUCAGAGAUCCAACCAUCCCCUGGUCCCUCCCCUCAGCCCUCACCCAGAUCCAAGCAUAAAACAUCCUCCACCCCUCUCCUCUCUGAGGCUUCUUCCUCUAUCCCACUCCCUAUUCCUCCAAGCUCCCAGCCCACAGUGACUCCGCCCUCCACCCAGAGUGCCUCCCCUUUCCUGCCUCUACAGGAUGUUGCUCCUGCCAAACCUCCGUCUCCCAAAGCCUCCAAAGCACCUAUAAUUACGUUGUGUUCUCAAAACAUUUCCUCUUCUAUUCAUCCUGCACUUAAAAGCUCUGAAUCUCUUCCUACUUCACCCGCUGCCACAGUGGAGCCUUCUUUGCCCUCUGUUCCCGUUAAUUCCUCCUCAAAUACCCCCUCCAAUGUGCCUUUUAGGCCACCAGGUGCCUCCGAAACACAUAUCACCUCAUUAACUCCCAAACUUCACUCCCCUGUUUUAUCAUCACCCAAAAUGACCAUAGCAUCAACCUCCACAGCUCCUCAUAGGUCUUCCCUCACUGUAUCCACUACUCUCACCCAUAAUACCACCUCUACUGCAUCCCAGCUACUCCCCCAUAGUUCCUCCUCUCCAUCAAAUCCCACCCUGACAUCUGAACCUCCAUCCUCUCGCCCUACUCUCACCCGGAGCCUCUCUCAGCCUCCCUCUCUGCCCAGAAUCUUCCAGUCAGGCUCAGGAAAAGUUCCUGUUUCACACCAACGGCGCCCCCAAGAGGUUCAAACCAAAGAGGAUCUUACUUCACUUUCUGGCCAUGCUCACAUUUUCAGACCUCAGCUCGUCAAGUCAAUCGAUCGCCCCUCCUCUCCCUCUCCUUUUUCUGCUGAUGCCCCCCCCCCUGAAUCAACUCCUCAUCUCCCUAAAUCUCACCCCUCUAUCUCAGAGUCCCCGAGAGGUGCUCAGGGGUCGUGGUUGACAUCAGGAAGUGACAUCAGCACUGUCCCUCUGCUGUGUAGUCCCGACCUCGAUGCCCUGUGUGACCCCGAGGCUCCAGCCCUCACUGCCUCCCUCCCUCGCUCCUCACCCUCUCGCUCCUCUUCUCUUUCCACCUCUGUUUUAUUCUCCUCUCCUCACACUCAGCUCGCUGUUUCUCCCUCUGCUCCUCCCGCUCCCAUCAGCUCCUGUCAGUCAGGCUCACUGUUUCCCCUCACUCAAGUAGACGAGGAAACAACUUCGAGCCAAGACGAGUGUUCCCCUCAAAAGAACCGGACAGAGGCCAACUUCAGAGUAUCCAACCAGCUAAUCAGACCAGCCCAGGAUUCAAAGGCAGCCAUCCCAGAAAACAAAGCUGAACCAACAAGGAUCAGUCCUGCCCACUCAGAGCUGAUAGUAGCCCCGCCCCCUCCGUGGCCCUUCUCCUGCUGUGAGAGCUCCACCCCUCUGCAGACCUCCACCAAUGUUGUGGCGGCGUUUAUCACUCCUAAACACUCGAGCGCUCAGGGGGAAAUUGAUUUGAAAAGGUCAACCAAUGAAACAAGUGUGAUUGUAAGUGCCUUUAAGGCCGAAAAGCCGCCACUGGCAAAGCCUGAGCCUGAGCCUGACUUUGAUGACAUCACCUUUGAGUCAUUCAACCAGACGCAUGAAUCAGGGGGGUUGUUUCUGGAAGAGGAUGACUCGAAGCGGGAUACUAUUAAAAGGUGUCCUCCAGGUCUCACACACCUGCCCACAGCUCCUAAAGAUGGACCACAGACUCCACUUCCUGCUCCUCUCCUCCCUCCUCUGGACACAACCAGCUGUACAUCCAAGCAACGGUCAUAUCAAACUCUCCACCAAUCACAAGACGGAGGCAUGACCCUUCAAUCUGUCAAUAAACCAAGCUCCGCCUCCAAUGAGCGCUCACAAAAACAAGAUGCUGUUCAGGUGGACACGGCUGUGAAGCAGGAGCCCCAGCCAAUCACAACAAAAGACUCAGAAACACCUCACAUUGUCCCAACUCCAACUGAACCCGGCGCACCACCAAACAAAGAGCAGCCCAAAGAGCCAGAAGGACCCAGCGUGGAACCAGAAACCUCAACCGAAGUUUCCCCCAAACCAGCCUUUGAGCAUACGGCUUUGGCGCUGGAGUCGCUGCUUCCCUCAAAACCAGAACCAGAACUGCGGCAGGAACAAGUCCUCCAGCCGGGGAAACCACAACGGGAGGGAGCAGAUGAGGGGAAACCAUCCGAGGCCGUGACUGGUGGUCAGGAGAGUCUCAUCAACAAUAAGGAGCCAGUGUGUGAGGCGGAGAAGCAGCUGUGGGCGGCAGUGGAGGAGACCACAGCGGAAAGAGGGACGGAGAGUAGUGAGAACACUGAAGAGAAGGAUGAGAAGAAGGAGGAAGAGGGUGGUGUAAUAGGGGGUGCCCAGAAAUGUGCACACACAGAGGCAGAUGUGUGUGUUGCGGAGCAGCAGAUGGAGGCUCCGGCUGGCUUCAUGUCAGCGGUAGUUGGGGUGUUUUAUAGAGGCCCAGGCACCCUGUCCCAGACGCCGUCCUCACUCCCAUCCAGUGGACAGAUCCUUAACCAAAACUGUCUCGUCAGUCAACCAAAGAAACCUGAACUCUCCAAAAUCAGUCUGGCAGACCAUCCUCAACCUCAACCUCCAGCUGGGUUUAAGCAGGAGAAAGAAAUCAGUCAGAAAACUGAAGCCAAACCAGCUCCACAAUGUAUUGGAAAACAAACGCUGCAGCCAAUGAAAGAACAGAAACUUGAUGUAAUCACAAAAACUGGCCAAGCUGCCAGUAAGGAGGAAGCACUUGAUCAAUUGUCUUCAGUGCCUUUGCCAAAUCCUCCUAGCAUAAACCGUGCCAGCAUACACUCAAACACAGAAAUAAACAUCAACAAAAUAAAUGAUGACACAAAAAUGCCCAAAAAUGUGAAGGAUGAUAAAGACAUAAGCCACCCCAGUUUAAACACCGACAAAGACACCUCAACAAGUGCACAAUUUGAAUGGUCUCCCACACAUACACACACUUCUGACCCUGACCAUAUCACCAAAAACCAACAGCUUCAAGAGGAGGAGAGGCUGUUAUUGGCUAAGAUCCAUCUGAUGACAGGUGACACACCCCCUGUCCCUGGCCCUCGCAGUAUGAAGCUCCUCAUCCCAGACCCCCGGGAGAUUGACUUUGAAAUAUCAGAGCUUGUUGCUCACAGUAGUGACUUGAGGCAUGGCGGUGAUACCAUGCAGGAAAUAUCUCUAACUGAGAAAGAAGAGCCGCCACAAUCCCUUGAGUUGGGGAAAAAUAAAGAAGGCGUGGAGGAUGUGCGAAAAGGACAACAGGCUGACCUCCCUGAUGGUGGAAAGAAGAAAACAUCAUCACAUCUUGACACACACAUUGCUCCUGCUCAUGAGAUGACAUCAUCCCGACUGCCUACGUUAGCAGAAGAAGAAACCUCUGACAUUAAGCCCCCUCAGCCUUCUCCACUGGUCAGAGAGGAGGCUGACGGGAAGGACGAUGUAGCUGAGCAGGGCCUGGUGACCUCCACCCAAUCUCUGCUGCAGUGGUGUCAGGACAUCACCAAAGGUCACCGCGGGAUAAAGGUCACCAACUUCAGCACGUCCUGGAGAAAUGGAAUGGCCUUCUGUGCUAUCCUCCACCACUUCCAUCCUGACAAAAUACAAUUUGACCAGUUGUACCCUCAUGACAUCAAGAUCAACAACAAAAAGGCCUUUGAUGCUUUCGAGGCUCUGGGCAUCUCUCGCCUGCUGGAGCCGUCCGACAUGGUUCUGCUGUCCGUCCCCGACCGGCUCAUCGUCAUGACCUACCUCAGCCAGAUCCGAUCACACUUCACCAACCAGGAGCUGAGCGUGCUGCAGAUCGAGCACAACAGCAGCCAGUCCAGCUACGGCCUCGCCCUCUCCGGCCCCGGGCCGACGGAUGUGGACGCGGCCGCUUUCUGCAUGGCCCGACUCAACGAAGGAGUGAGCCUCGAGGAGGGAGGAAGCAGCACCUUGGUGGUCCCACCACCGAGGACGAAAAGACUGGGUAAAGGGGACGAUUCGAUCUCACCAGUCCCACCCCCACGUUCCAAAGUAGUCCGAUUUGGACAGACUCAGGAUGAAGAAACCAAGACUGGAAUCACUUAUAACAAAGGGAUGCAGAGUACAGCUGAGACCCAGCCUCCCAAACAAGAAGAGGAAACAAUGUGUCUGCAGGACACCAGUCAGUAUGUGGUGAGCGAGCUGGCAGCGUUGGAGACGGAGCAGAAACACAUCGACAGCAGAGCCGCUGUGGUGGAGAGACGACUGCGAAGUCUCAUGGAAACAGGAAGCGACCGUGAUGAAGAAGAGAGACUGAUCCAGGAGUGGUUCACUCUGGUGAACAAGAAGAACGCUCUGAUACGCAGACAGGACAACCUGGAGCUUCUACAAGAGGAGCAGGAUCUGGAGAGGAAGUUUGAGCUGCUGAACAGGGAACUCCGGGUCAUGAUGGCUAUAGAAGACUGGCAGAAGUCGUCCUCCCAGCAGCAGAGGGAGCAGCUGCUCCUCCAGGAGCUCGUGUCUUUGGUCAACCAGCGGGACGAGAUCAUCAGAGACAUCGACGCCAAGGAGAGAGGGGCAUUAGAGGAAGAUGAGCGUCUGGAGCGCGGUCUGGAGGCAAGGAGGCAAAAAUACAACAGCAAAGACAAAUGUGUCCUCCAGUGAGAAUAGUUUUCACUACUGAGACUCUGCAGUUCUGAAAGCUCCACAUCUCGUUUGUUUUGUAGUGCCUUUAUUUUCCCGGAGAACUGUUUAAACUCAUUAUAAGGACAGACAAGAUAUGGGGCGCAUAAUGUGCCUUCUUUGAAAGUAUUUUCUUGAAAUGUAAUAUAUGUUCAUGUUGAAGUUUCAGUCUGUCUUAAGUAUUAUUUUAAUUCUGUUCACAUAUUUGUAUUUAUUUAAACGAUGCCUCAGAUUAUUGUAUAUCUAUUGCACAUGUGUUUGUGUGUAUUUUCAUUGGUGUGUGUGUUUGUUCUUUGAACACUGGCUAUUCAAUUUGUUGUCAUAUUACCCUCAUCACAACAAGAGCUUGUCAAAAUGUGCCUGGUCAUUUCUGUUGUUUCUGCGGAUAUCCGUCGUACAUUUCUAUUUCUAUAAGUAAAAAAUAUUUGGAUAUAACAUGUCAACACAUAUUAGAUGUAUAAAUACCAUGUGACAAGUCAUGAGCUGGACUCAAUCUCACAGUAUUGAGAGUACAGGGUGCCUGUUAAGGACGACCGCCAACAAUCCAUUCUUAGAAAACCCGAAAAACAUUUCCACUUAUUGCAAUAUUGAGUGUUUUGUUUUUCUGAUGUUAUAUGUUGAAAGUGUUCUCAAACCUUGUGUGCUCACAGACCCUGAAUGCCUUAAAUCAACCAUAAUGUGUAUGGUUGGGAUGUUCGUGCCUGCUUAAUCCACAGAAAUCAACCUGUUUCCUUGCCUCUUUGAACUUUGACUACUAUAUGCAUGUUGUUUGAAGUGUGCUGAUAAAGUGGGACUCUGCUUUUUAUCCCAAAUAUAUGACUUUCACACACUGUACCCCUGAUGUUGCUGUUUAUAUUUAUGUGGUGGAGACUUGAUGAAUGAUAUUGAUUAUUGUGUUGAAGAGACAUAAAUAUUGGUUGGUUAUGUC